CUUUAACUACAACCGUCACGAAGCUCGACAAAAGACGUGCUGGCAGCUCUUGUUUGAUCAUUUCAUCGAUGGCCGGGUGCAGACACUAAAUGGACUUACAACCAUCGCAGCUACAAGAAGCCACUGCCAGUUCAUCGACCAGCAUACCAGAUAUAGAUUCUUCAGAAACCAAGACACUUCGAUCUAGCGCAAGAGUAAAGGCGGCAAAGCAGAAGUCCCUGGACAAGGAACAGACCUCUAGCGGUGAAGCCAUUCCUGUAGAAAAACAGUCUUCUUCAUCCGGGCAACAUCUCCCUGAUUCAUCUAUCUCCCGUGGCACCCGAGCCAAACGUCCUCGUGAAGGUGUUACCGGAAAGGGAAAAGCCAAAGAAACCACCGAAGGAACCUCCCGACGAAAAACACGUCGAAACGCCAACACUACAUCUAAUCCACCUCUCACCAUCCAAGAGCUCACGAAAGACCCAAAAGGAAAGAAACGAGCCGCUCCAGAACCAUCUUCCGAAGAGGAUAACGCUGCUUCCACAUCAAGCAAACGAUCAAGAACCACGUCCUACGCUCUUCGCUCUCAGACUUCCAAUAACCAACCUACUGACAUGCCCAAGAAGACGAGAUCGGUUUCAAAAGGAAAGGUGGCUGCCAAUGCAAACGCGAAAGCCAAAGCCAUGGCGGCAGUAGCAGGAUCAUCUCAGCAGAUGGAUGCAGAUGUCGAGAUGGUAGGUUCCGAGUUCCAAUUUGAGCCAGAGUCGGAACACGAUGAACAUGAAAUGGCCGUUGACGAAGAAAGUGCAGAAGGGUGCGAGGGCGAAGACCUCCCGGCCGCAGAGGGGAUGGAUGGUCGUGAUGGUGGAGAAGGAGACGAUGACGACGAAGAUAACGAUGAUGAUGAUGAAGACGGCGGUGGAUUGAACAGAGUCUCUGCACCUGGCGGUUUGGACGAAGCUGCUGCAUUGGCUAUCUUUGGCGAUUAUCGCCAGUUUGGUUCAUACAUGAUGUCGCUUUCGUCGCGUCUCAAGACCAUGUUGAAUAACAUCAAGAUGACCGCUGAUCCAACUACUCGUCUCCUCACAUUACAAGAGCUCAGCGAAUUGCUCAGCAUCAGUACUGAGGACACCUUGGCUGGUUCUUUCCAAGUCGAGCAAUAUGUGAAAGAGCUCAUCAAGAUCCUAGGGGGUCGCGGGGUCGAUGAAGAUGACGACGAUGAUGGAGAUGGCAAUGAGAAGGACGACGACCUUGCUGCUGCUUUGGCACUGAGCGCGAGUGGUACCUUCCAAGGUGACGAAAAUCCCGAGGCCCAAGUUCUUGCCUGUCGGUGUUUGGCAAACUUGAUGGAAGCAUUGCCCGGUGUCGCACACACCGUUGUUUAUCACGGGGCCAUACCAGUUCUUUGCAGCAAGUUGAUUGAAAUUUCUUACAUUGACCUUGCCGAACAGACGCUUAGUACUAUGGAAAAGAUAUCAGAGGAGUUCCCGAGUUCGAUCGUCCGUGAAGGUGGCCUUUCGGCCCUUCUCAAUUACCUGGACUUUUUUUCUAUUGCCGUUCAGAGAACUGCCCUUCAAGCUGCUUCGAACUGUUGCCGGAAUGUGUCAUCUGAACAUUUCCCUCAAAUCCUUGGGGUUUGGCCUAUCAUCCGCAAUUGCCUUUCCUAUUCCGAUCAACGACUUGUGGAGUUCGCUUGCCUAUGUGUCAUCCGUGUCAUCGACUCUUACCACCGCACGUCUGUCGGGAACCUCGAGUCACUUGUGGACAGCAACCUGAUCCGAGCCAUUCUGCAACUGCUCCUCCCUGCCGGAGGUUCACCUAUGAUUGCACCCAAUACCUUCACGUUGUUAAUUCGAGCUUUAGCAACCUGUGCAAGGGCCAGCCCCAAGAUCACUGUUACUCUACUAGAGGCUGACGUAGUCGAGACCGUAUAUCAGAUCUUGACCGGAGUGCUGCCCUCGGCAACAGGUAAUCAUUCUGAACAGGGUGACUCCGCGACCGGCCAAGGCUUGGGCGGGGGUUUGGCUGACAUGACCGUGAUGGAGAACCUUGCUCAUCGUCCAAAAGAUCAAGUUGAAGAGACGUUGGGCCUCAUAUCUGAGCUUAUGCCGCCGCUUCCCAAAGAUGGAGUAUUUGACUAUAAGUCUUAUACCGAAAAGGCACUUAGCAGGAUAAUCAAGGCAAAGGCAAAGGCUGAUCGGGCUGCAGCGAGAGCCGCUGCACAAGCACCCUUCAUUGCUGCCGGCCUGAUUGUCCCUUCUGCGUCAACACCUGAAGAGACUUCUGCUGAUGUCGAAACCCCGGCAGCCCAAGAAGGCGAUGGAACCAGCACAGCGACUCCCGCCUCUGGACGAACAGACAUACUUCGUUCAAAAGUCGUUGUUGUUGCAAGAUUCAUGCAACUCACGGUGCCCAUCCUGAUCGAUGUUUAUGCUGCUAGCGUCAACACACCGGUCAGAGUGAAAGCUUUGACAGGCUUAUUAAAAGCAAUCAGUUUCCUCGAUGCGGAACGUGUGAAGCAGGUUUUGAAGUUCGUGCCCGUGGCGAGCUUUGCUUCAUCCAUUCUGUCAUCGAAAGAUCAACCACAACUGGUUAUCGGAGCGCUCCAGCUAGUCGACCUCCUGCUUGCCAAAGACCCCUCCCUUUAUAAGGCUGCCUUCCGCAGAGAGGGUGUUUUUCACGAAAUCGAAGCAUUCGGUGCUCGUUCAUUGAUAUCUUCAAAGUCAAAGGAGAAAGCGGACAAAGAUAAAGACAAGGAUUCAUUGGAGGUCACUUCUACCGAUUCUACCCCAGCCCCACCUCCAUCUGCUACGACAAUACCUGGCUACAAGAAGUUGACUUCUUUGUCCCUCGACCCCGACGACGCCAUCACUUUGCGGGCCAGGAUUAUCAAGUUCAAGUAUCUUUCAGGAGAUGAGCAAAGCGAAGGCCAGAACACGCUCUCGGAUCUACGAACCCUUGUGGAUCGCCUCGAAGUUUCAAGUGCGACGGAAAAGGAGUAUUUAGAGGCUCUCUGGGAUAUAGCCAACCUGUUUGCGUCACCUCAUACAUCCGUUUCCAGUUUUGAACUUGUUCAGAGCGGGCUUGUAGACGGUCUCCUUCAGUUUACCAUGGACACAGAACGGCAAGUCCCUGUCGCUCGAAGAAAGGAGCUUCUCUUGGAGGCGCUGGGGAACCGCAGAAAUAAACUGACAAUUGGCGCUCACACACCUUUCACGACGUUUGUGAAGAAGCUUCAAGAAAGUCUAACAAGAAUGGAGUCUUUCGAAGUAGUCACAAUCUCUCAAAGCUCCGACGACUCGAAAAGAAGUUCUCCGUCGCUCUUGGCCCGCCAACUCAGGCUACGCUUGGUUGCGGACGAUGAAUCCGGUGUUCCGCGAACCCUGCACAACAUCGUUGUUUCAAUACAUGCUAUUGCCACCUUCCAAGCCCUUCAUGACUAUCUACGUCCUCGGGUUGCCGGUGGGAUGGGGUCAACCAGCUCUCGUUUGUCAGGCAUGUUAGCCGCGUUGGCUGCCUCCGGCUUUCCUGGACCAUCAUCUCGUCUAUCUGGAGAAUCCAGUCAACCGGAUUUACCAACACCAGCGGCCCCCUCUGUGACGGGGCCAGCUGAAACGUCGGGUGCAACUGUUGAAAGAAGGCGAAGUCAGAGGUUGAGUGCCAAAAAGGCUUCAAAUUCGAGCAACGAAGAUUCAGCGGACAGCACUACUGUCCCUUUCACUGAGCCUGUUGCUAGCACCUCCACAGCACCUCCCGAACCGGCCAACGACGGCCCAGCUGCCUCAGAGGCCGCUCCCAGUGAAACCCUCGUUGCCGAUUUUACUGACGAAGAAGACGAAGUUGACGCAGAAGUAUUCGACGAUGAUGAUUUGGAUCCAGAUAACUCAAUAUCUGACAAGACGGUAACUCUCUCUGUGGCGGAAGACGGAUCAAAGGUAGAGGCCCAAACGCCAGACGGCACAAGGGUAGCGACUCCCGCACAAAAGGAGGGGGUUCCUUCAUCGUCUACAGGGCCCAGUGGCUCUUCGGCAAGACCUUCAUACGCAGCCGCGUUGAAAACAAAACCCACCGAUUGGCAUCUCGAGUUUGUGAUGGAUGAUCACGUCCUACCCUUGGACUUGACGAUAUAUGGUGCGAUUCAUCAACACGAGAUGAGGAAGAAGACCGGUCCGCUACCUCCCAGCAUGCUCUGGCAGGGAAUCUACACAAUCAAAUUUAAGAAGGUUCCAGGUCCCUUGACAACAGACAACGCCGCCGAAUCCAGUAUCAAAGCACGUUCUUCAACUCCAACGUUGUCCUGCCUGGCUGAGGACACUCCACAUGCCAAGAUACUGCGCUUACUUCGUGUAUUGCACAACCUGAACACUCUAGAAACUGAACGUUCGACUUUCGGAGGAGAUAGACGGCAUCUUCCUGAGACCGCCUUUAUUAACAACAAGCUGACUGCGAAGUUAACAAGGCAACUAGAGGAGCCUAUGAUCGUUGCAAGCUCAUGUCUCCCCGAUUGGGCUUUGGAUCUUCCGCAGCAUUUCCCCUUCUUAUUCCCGUUUGCUACCCGUUAUAAUUUUCUGCAGUCGACCUCAUUCGGAUAUGCUCGACUGAUCCUCAAGUGGCAAAGUCAACAAAAUCGAGGGCAGGAUUCUUCUCGGCGUGACGACAGUAUUGGCUUCCUGGGUCGACUGCACCGCCAAAAGGUGCGCAUCUCACGGAAGCAUGUACUGGAAUCGGCCGUAAAGGUUUUCGAAAUGUACGGCUCUUCGUCUUCAGUGCUCGAGGUGGAGUAUUUCGAGGAGGUUGGCACAGGGUUGGGUCCUACUCUAGAAUUUUACUCUCUAGUAUCCAAAGAGUUUGCUCGCAAGGACCUGAAACUAUGGAGAGAUGCUGACCACACCACCACAAACGUUGGAGCAUAUGUCAAUCAUCCAGCCGGUCUUUAUCCAGCACCUCUGAGUACAGAAGACAUUGCUAACGAUGAUGGCGGACAGAAAAAGCUUCAUGUCUUCCGGGUCAUAGGACAGUUUGUCGCCAAGGCCAUGCUGGAUUCCCGAAUAAUAGAUCUGUCCAUCAACAAGAUAUUCUUGAAGCUCGUUCUUGGUGAAGACAUUCCAUUGACCAUUGCCUCUUUGAAGCUUGUUGAUCUUGAUCUGGCAAACUCCCUGACGAAGCUGCUCAACAUCGCAAACGGUAGCAAUCAAAACAGUAACGAUAGAGUUGCCAAAAAGCUCGCAUUGCUUGAAGUAUCUGUCGAAGAUCUUGCUCUCGACUUUACCUUGCCUGGUUAUGACGUCGAACUUAGGCCUGGUGGCAAAGACAUUGCGGUGACCUCAAAAAAUGCUCAAGAGUAUGUUCAAGAAGUGUUGGACGCUAUUCUGGGACAGGGUGCCGCUCAACAGGCAAAAGCUUUCCGAGAGGGCUUUUCGAAAGUUUUCCCCAUCAAUGAUUUGCAGCCGUUCUCUACUGACGAACUCGUGAUGUUAUUCGGUAACGCCGAUGAAGAUUGGAGUAUUGAAACUUUGAAUGAGGCCUUAAAAGCUGAUCAUGGUUUCAACCCUGAAAGUCGUGCCAUCCGCGACCUCGUGGAAAUCAUGGCAGACUACGAUCCCCAAACUCGGCGUGAUUAUCUGCAAUUCAUUACUGGAAGCCCCAAGCUUCCUAUCGGAGGGUUCCGUGGUCUCAACCCACCUUUCACAGUGGUGCGAAAGCCACACGAAGCACCACUUACAGCGGACGAUUAUCUACCAAGCGUGAUGACUUGCGUGAAUUAUUUGAAGUUGCCUGAGUAUAGCUCGAAGGCGGUUAUGAAAGAAAAGUUGCGGAUAGCGAUGAAGGAGGGUGUUGGCAGUUUCCAUUUGUCGUGAUUUGAAUGAACUUUGUGUGCGGUAUCAAGUGCUUUGUAAUAUUCUCUACGUUUUCUCAUUUUUCACCACUCUGCAAUGUUAUGUAAAUAGACAUCGAUGCAUAAGUACAACUGCAAUGCUUUCCGGUUUCUUGAUUCUAGUACUCAGAGAUUCUCCGGCUCGGCAUGCCAGUCAACCUCACCAAUUUUCACAAGCUCAUGUCCAUCACUCUCAUACCAUGAUCUCUUCACUGAAGAAGGUCAUCAAUGACCACCGCUCUGCAUUGACAACCACUGCUAGCGUUGGAGCUGGUCUAUACGUCGUUCGAGCCUACAUCAAGUCUCGUCUCGAAGAGGUCAAAG